UCUGGUGUUUAUUUGAGUUACCUACGUGGGUAUCUUUAAUCAUUUUUCUAUGGCAGAUAAUAUGGUGUCGAGACUCAAGAGGUAUUAUUUUACUGUUUAUUGUAGUCUUAGCUUUAAAUUUUUAAUAUUUAUGAAUAAUAAUUAACAAUUCUAAUUCUCUAACUUUUAACGUGAAUCGUGAUUUAUACCAAUAGUUUUAUUGUUUGAAAGGCCAUAUCAUAAUAAGUGUUAUUCUAGUCUAUCUACCGAUAAUUUAAUUACUAUGUAGUGCGUUAGCCAUUAAAUAAAUCUGUUAAUGUAAAUUAUCCUUGUUAAUUUUUGCCAAAAUGUUUGAAUACACGUCGUUGUUGGUUUACACUCUAUUUUACAUGAUCGUGUCAGCUUGUUUUGUGCUCAGAACUACUGAGUUUGUGUCAAACGGUCUUACCGUCGAGAGCCUGUUCGAAUCAGUGAUCGACAAAGAAUACAACAAUUUCAUAUUGCAUCACAUCAAAAGAACAUCAUAUAGCAUCAUUGUACACUCAAGCCUACCCUUAGUUUAUUUACUAGGCACACUUCUAGUCAAUGAAAAUGAAAAAGCAUUUGUGAGUGUAUACUUUUACGAGUUGAUUUUUUUGGCAUUACUGCCCAUCACCUGUAGCUUUUCAAUAAUAUCUAAAUGGAAAUCAAAUAAUUGGGCCAAUCAUCCAUUAUCAAUUAUUUUGAGUCGUUACAAUCCUAUUGACUGGACAAUUAUAGCACAGGAAAUUUCAACCGAAUAUCAAUGUCUUCAAAAAUUGACACUAGCAUAUGGGACAAUAAAUAGAACAGUUGUUACUCAGAACUGGAUAAUAUCAAUAAAACCGUACAUGGUUUAUGUUUCCAAGAAAUCAGAAAGUUCUUUCUUAGUAUAUAGUUCGGAUAACCAUAAUUCUACACCUGAUGGAACUCCAGGUAGUAUACAAUUCAUCAACAUUCAAGUGAUACCAAUUCGAUCUCGAAUUAAAUGGUUUUUUGUUAGAAUAAGGUCUGAAGACUUUAAGACACUUGAAGAACAUAUUGGCCAUCCUAUACAGAUUGCAGAUAAUGUUAAGCUACAACGCUCAAGAACUGAACGUUUCAUUGAAGUAUUUCGUGAUCAAGUUUCCCAAAAUCCAGUGUAUCGUGGUUACAGUUCAGCCGAAUUAGCAGAAGAUGUAUGUGCCGGUUGCUUGGUGAAUCCUCCCGAUGUUAAACUCACCAAAUGUUGUGAAGAUAGCAAUGACAUAGUAAAUUGUACUUCGUGUCAAUGCAGACCUAUGUGGUGUGUUGAUUGCAUGGCUAAAUGGUAUGAAUCAAGGCAGCCUCAAAACGAUACAACCAUAUGGUUAUCAUCAAAAUGUACCUGUCCACUUUGUCGUCAAUUGUUUUGUAUCCUUGAUGUCUGUCCAUUGGAAAAUUCUGAUUUAGCCAAGACUAAUUAAGUACUGGUUGCUUUGACAACACUAUUACUGUGAUAAUGUUUGUAGUAUAAAUAGUAAAUUUAAGUUUUUAAUGUUUUGUUAUCUUAAAUAUUUAAUUUAUUAUGUUAAGAUUUAAUAAUUUAAAAAGAUUUAAAACUAUGUAAUUUUU